AUGGCGGAGUACAAACUCACCUACGAGUCUCAGCUGGAUGCCUUCCACCCCUCCUAUCGCUGGGAAAUCCAAAACGCAAGCGACGACUGGAAAGCCAAAGCCCUCCGUGGUCCUGCCCUUCCAGUUUUAGGCAAUGCGGUCGCCGGUGCCGUAGGCUCGGCCGUUUCCAAUGUUGUCGUCUACCCCCUCAGUGUCAUCGUCGCUCGAUUACAGACCCAACAAAAGAAGGCCAAGGACAAGAAAGAUGAUGAUAGUUCUGAAGAGGAGGAAGAAUAUACCAGUAUCCUCGACGCAGCCUACAAAAUCUACCUCGAUCAAGGUCUUGCAGGCCUCUAUCCUGGUCUAGCACAGGACACCUGCAAAACAAUACUUGAUUCAUUCCUCUUCUUCCUUGCCUAUACAACCGUCCGACAGCGCCGUAUCAUCGCACGCGUUGGGCCCGCCCGCGCAGCAAAGACAAAGAAUAUUGUCCUCCCCAUCCUAGACGAACUUGCGAUCGGAAUUGUAGCAGGCGCCUUCUCGAAGCUGUUCACGACGCCUCUAUCGAACAUCGUCACGAGAAAGCAGACGGCUGCGCGGAAGGGCUCCAGCGGAAAUGAUCAAUCAACGGCCGAUAUCGCAGCGAAGAUUCGAAAGGAGAAGGGUAUAGCUGGGUUCUGGUCCGGAUAUUCGGCGUCAUUGAUCUUGACACUAAACCCGUCAAUUACUCUAUUCCUCAAUGAGGUGUUCAAACGUGCACUUCUUCCGCGUGCAAAGAGAGAUAAGCCAUCCGCUGCGGUAACAUUUUUGAUGGCUGCGUUGAGCAAGUCAGUGGCAUCGUCGAUUACCUAUCCGUUUUCGCUGGCGAAGACGCGUGCGCAGGCUAUGGCUAGCGAGUCGCAGAAGCCAGGCCAAGGGAGGACCAUUUUAUCCGCCCUUAUGCCUCAAAUUGUCUACAAUGUUAUCACUAUCGCGCGUGUGGAAGGUAUCCGCGCUCUUUACGCCGGUUUACCCGGUGAAGUUUUGAAGGGAUUCUUCUCUCAAGGCUUUACUAUGCUAGCGAAGGACGCCGUGUAUAGCUCUAUUGUGAAGAGUUAUUACAUCCUCCUUACGCUUCUGCGUCGCUACCCGUCGCCAGAGGAGCUGCUUGUGCGUGCUCGAGAGCAGGCAGAGGAGUACAGUGAGGUUGCACUUGAGGGAGCUCGCGAUCUCGCGGAGAGGGCUAAGGAAGGUGCUGAGGAUGCGUUGAAUAACCACGCCGGUAGUGUGGCUGUGGAUACGACUUCAAAUACGGCUGCUGCUGCUGCUGCUAAUGUGGCUGGGGAUGCUGGACAUGGCGUUGAUGCGUCAUCUGGGCUGAAGAUCUCCCCCGUGGCAGAAGAUAUUAACGAGACUGCUGAAUUGGUGGGGGAUUAUGUUCAGGAUGAGGCUGCAGAGUGGAAGAGCUUCUACCACUGGUUCUGGGAGAAGGAUCGAGUUCAUAAGGGUUAA